GUGCCCAUCAGGUCGUUCUGGCCCAUGGCGGCGGCGGCGGCGGGAGGGCUCGGCUCCGGCUCGGCUCCGGCUCCCUCCCGUGUGGCGCUGGCGGCGGCUCCUCCCCCUCCCGCUCCCGCUGCGGCCUCCACAGGAAGUGGCCUCGGCCUCCUCGGCGGCGGCGGCGGCGGCGGCUCCUGCUGCUGCCACGUAGGCCAAGCCUUAAAGGGGCCGCAGCUCAGCCCGGCGCCUGGCCUGGGGGAGGGGGCGGCCCUUAAAGGGCCCGCGGCGGACUCGGGCUUCCGCACUAGGCCUGGGCUAGGCCGGAGCGGGUUAUACAAACAUUGAAGCAUGGUGCCUUGGGAGUGAAUGUAGUGGUGGUAGAAAGACACAAACUGAAAUCUACUAAGCCUGUAAGA